AUGGGAAACUCAAAUUCAUCAAAUAAUCACACAACUUUACAUCCAUCACAAGCUCAUUACUCACCGUCCUGUAAACAUAUUCAACGAUAUCUGAUUAACGAUGGAUGGUGUAAAAAAUGUACGAUGAAAAGUGUGAACUCGGGUCAUCGAGGUCUCGAUAAAUUAAUCCUUCGCACCCAAAAAAAGUCAACCUCUUGGACUGAUCCUUUUUUGGAAUGGAUUCCUUUUGAACAUUUUAGGGAUGUGUGCAAAAUUGAUGAAGGUGGAUUUGGUAUUGUCUAUCGUGCUACUUGGACUCAAGGAAGCCGACAAGAAAGGUCGCGAGAUGGAAAAAUUAAAUCUCAAAGGACACGCACAGGUCCGAUUACCGUCACGUUAAAAUGCAUCAAAAAUUCUCAAGAGAUGUCUGAUGAUUAUUUAAAACGGUUAAAGUCGUAUUACAAAACUAGUCUGGUUCAAUCACGUAAAAGAAUGCAACAACUGCUUAAAUUCUACGGGAUAUCGAAAGAUCCAACCACCGGAGAGUACAUAAUAGUAACGCAAUACACCGAACACGGAUCGUUGCGUACGUUAUUUUAUAGUGACUUUCCAUCAUUUCGAUGGACCGAAAAAUCAUGGUGGCUUUGUGAUAUCGCAUCAAAUCUACUCACAUUACAUAAGGAGGGUAUCGUGCAUGGAAACAUUCAUUCCGGAAACAUUCUACAAAUUGGUGAAUUGACAAGGGAAACUACAUCAACUUUAGCCGAUACCGGAUUAAAUUUCCCUGCAAGUACUUUAAAUUAUAACAUCGAGAGGGAUGUGUAUGGAGUCUUACCUUACUUGGCUCCAGAAGUCAUAAUGGGAAACGCACUUUCGAAGGAAUCUGACGUUUUUAGUAUUGGAAUAUUAAUGAUUGAAAUGUCCACGGGAAUUCCACCUUUCUCACAUCGUCCACAUGAUGAACAAUUGGCUUUAGAAAUUUGUCAAGGAUUACGUCCAGAAUUGGCCCAAGGAACUCCCAAGGUUUAUGCUGAUCUGGCAAGGAAAUGUUGUAGUACAGACCCUUCCUCACGUCCCACCACCAAAGAUUUAUUAUAUAUCUUCAACUCUUGGUGGUCUAUUAUGAAUUCAGAUGAUCCCGACAACCUACAAGUUCGAAAUUCGUUUUUAAAAGCUGACUUACUUAUCCCUGAUAUAAUGGAAAAGAGGAACUCGAUUGUUAAGGACGAACAAGCUAUUUUCAAAAGUAGAUUAAUACAAUUUCAAGAUGUAUUUGAAAAAAGAAAUACGAAUUAUUCACUACAAAGCGAACCCACAAAUAGUGUAAAAUUUUCACUAUUGGAUUUAAAUUUACCCAAUAUCACCAUCGGUUUUGAUUAA